AGUUGUGAUCGCUGGCUGUCAACCACUUCGAAGUCGACAAGCUAGUCUAGCCUGCAGCCAACGUCCAGAUAACCACAGGCAACUUCUGGUUGAUGACUCUCAUGGAUCAUUCAUAGCCACAAUCAGCAUAGAAGCUACUUACUAUUUUGACAAACUCAAAACAAGAAGAGGACCAUGAACGACAAAGGCGGUCGCCGAGCCCAUUAUCGGUAUCUAUGGUCUAUUGGUGCCACUGUCGCCGCGUUGGCGUUGCUAAAUUACGGUAUAGCAACCGUCAUGGUUAUCGACGAGAAACAAAGCCGGCAAAAAGGGAUGAUGCCACACUCGUUACUGAUGCCAAAACAAAAAGGAGCCAUGACGAAAACCCCCCAUAAAGAACAAAGAACAUCGGAUGCACCUUAUCCAGGCCGGCAGUUGGCGUCGGCAGUGCAGGCGGAUAAGCUUGUUCUUCACAAAACGACAAGUGCCAAGAGUUUCGGAAUGAAAGAAAAAAUUGCAAGAGCAGCCACAGUCGUAAAUGGGACAAAGUCGACUGAAACCACAGAGAAACAGAGUGGAACCAGGAAGAAAAUCGCGGACAACGCCAAGACCACUACCAAGACUACAGAUGCCGACAACAACAACAAGAAUGCAACCACCGAACGAAAAGUAAAUGUAAUCUCUGGGCACGAAGGGGCGCCCAACUUGAAGCAUUCUGCGUUGGAACAGGUCCGGCCACUGGAUUACUACAUGGACUUGUCUCGCAAGGAGGGCCAUGACAAGGAACGGAUCCUACAGUUGCUUCAGAAAAAUGCCAAAAUUCGUCACCUAUCCGAUGCCACCUACCAAGAGUUGCCAUCAUGGACCGAAGUUACUUCACUGUAUGGGAGUGAACCACGCUUGAUGGGUACUGACCAAUGUGCAGCAUUCAAGGCAGGCAAAGAAGAAGACCUGGCAGAAAAAUGGUUGGGAGUAGCAGGAAUGUUCAACACUGGAACCAAUCUACUGGCAGAUACACUCAAAAUGAACUGUGUUUUGCACAAAAAGCAGAAAAAGUAUGGCAACAAAUAUAGCGGUGUGCGAGCACAGAUGACCUAUGGAAAGCACACCCCUCCCAAGGAUGAACAGUUUCGCAUGAGUCACAUCAUUCCAGGCCAAAAGAACAUUGAUCCUCGCCAGGAGUUGCCUGUUGUCAUGGUCAGGGAUCCAUUUCGAUGGCUACAAAGCAUGUGUGUGAAUUAUUACUCCAGCCAUUGGCCAAGACCAUAUCGUCCAUCGGACAAGCGGUAUCAUUGCCCUAAUCUGUACCCUACAGAGGAGGAAAAGAAGAAACUUUGGUUUCGACGAUAUGAACCAAUCUUAGAUGGAACACCGAUUGUCAAGGAGAAGAAUGAAGUGAGUCAUUCUGAGGGUGUCUUCAUGGACAAGCAAUUCAGGAUGGGAGGGAAGAAACCAGGGAAGUGGAUAGGGCCUCCGCAAGGAACAACACCACCUCCAGAAAUUCUUGUCAACCAGGAACCAACAACCCUCCUCACAGACUCAGAGCUUUCAAAUCACAGUUUCCCUGUUCAUGUGGUUUAUGCCAACUUCACCAGAUACCACUACUCUUUGGUCCAUUUGUUCAAUGACUGGUAUCGGGAGUACUUUGACCUCAAAGACUACCCUCAUGUAUUUAUUCGAUUCGAGGAUCUGCUUUACUUUCCUGACCAAGUGGUGACCCAUAUCUGCGAAUGCGCAGGAGGAAAGUUGAAGCUUGGCAAUCUUUUGCCUGUCAGAAUUCCCUCACAAUCAACGAAACAGAGUCACAAGAGCCGAGUCGUGGGCGGUAGUAAAUUGCAACACACUGGAUACCUGGAUGCUAUCAUAAAAUAUGGAAGACCUGCUACACGAUUUCGAGGCAUGACAUCACAUGAUCUACAAUACGCGAAUCAUUACUUGGACGAGGAGCUGAUGGAACACUUUGGUUAUGGCCUUGCACCUCACCCGCAGAGCCCUGUCCAACCCAAGACCUAGCUCGACGGUUCAAGUUUGCUGGUAGUGAGCUGCAUCAGGCAUUCAGUUGGAAAGUUGAGCGCAGCAAAAUCGAUUUGAAGAAGUCCUUUGACGCGGCAGAGCAAGCAGAACCACGAUGCCAACUCUGGCACAGUUGCAAAUGAAAGCACGGUUUUUUCUCGGACCGUGACUUUGAACGACUCGUCGUGUGAUACGGAAGAAACGAUACCGAUGAUUGCACAACCUCAUGGCAACUUUGUCGCACCUCUAUGGUUGCCGAUACCGCACCGAUUUCCUUCAACGAUAGACUUGCUUUCGCAUUCACCGUUCAAUCAACGGCAUUUUCCUCACGGUCUAGUCUUUCAGUGACCAUUCAGUGACGGAGUGAUCGAGUCGAGUCGAGUCAGUCAAUAACCUUCAGAAUUAAUUGGAUACCGAAACAUUCACUGGCCUCCCCCUUCUAGCAGCUA